CACUCCAAACAUGCCACAACACCUGACUCUCCUCCUGAACUAUCCCGUCCUCAUUUUGGCCAUUUUCAUCUGCAGCAUCGGGGGGACAUUUCAGUAUGGAUUCAAUAUUUCUGUGAUGACUUCCCCCUCUCAAUUCAUAAAAGAGCUGGUGAAUAAAAGCUGUGUGGAAAGAUUCGACCGAAUCUUAAUAGACUGGGAGGUGUCUCUCAUCUGGUCCUUCACAGUGUCUGUUUUCUGCAUCGGAGGGUUGCUGGGAUCGCUGAUCGCAAGUUCUAUCAGUUCAAGAUUUGGCAGAAAGCGCUGCCUUCUAUUAAAUAAUUUUUGGGCUAUAUUAGGAGCCAUAUUGAUAAUCUUGAGCCGAACAGCCAAUUCCUUUGAGAUGAUAAUGGUGGGAAGAUUUCUCUACGGCAUCAAUGCAGGGAUUGGUCUCUCGGCUCAAGCGAUGUAUCUCACCGAAUCUGCUCCUAAGAAUCUGAGAGCGAUGGUGGGCGUCACCAUUGCGACCGCUUUGGCCAUCGGGAAGUUCUUUGGUCAGCUGUUGGGGAUCAGAGAGCUGCUUGGCACAGAGAAGAGCUGGCCCUGGCUGCUUGGUUUCAAUGGCUUCACUGCAUUGUUCCAGCUCUGCACUCUGCCUCUCCUGCCAGAGUCUCCCAGGUUCCUGCUGCUGGAAAGAGGAGACCUCCAGGCCUCUGAGAAAGCUUUUAGGAAACUAUGGGGCAAAAAAGAUCACAGCAAGGAAGUUGUGGAGAUGCUGGAGGAGAAAGCAGCUCUGCAGAGCAUCCGGAGCUGCUCGGUUCUGGAGCUAUUUCAGAACCGAACAGUUCGCUGGCAGCUCCUCAGCAUUGUUAUCGUCUUCACCUCGCUGCAGCUCUGUGGCAUUAAUGCUGUGUAUUUUUACUCUUUUGAUGUAUUUCGAGCUGCAGGGAUCCAAGAACACAGGUUAGCGUACGCUGCCUUGGGGACAGGCCUCUGUGAAUUAACCACCUCUAUAGCCUGUUCAAUGAUAAUUGAGAGCAUGGGCAAAAAGGACCUGAUGUUCAGAGGUUACAUAGGAAUGGCUGCAUCACUGGGCCUCCUCUCUGUCACUGUUUACUUUCAGAAAACUGUCUGGUGGCUGCCGUACUGCAGCAUGGUUCUCGUUUUCGUCUUCAUUUUCUUCUUUUCCAGCGGACCAGCUGCAACGACGAUUCCUCUUCCAGGGGAGAUUUUAACUCAGUCGUUUAAAUCAGCUGGAUACACAGUCGGAUGCACAGUGAACUGGACCUGCCUGUUUGUUCUGGGGUCACUUUUCCCCAUCUUGGUGGAGCACCUUGGCAAUUUUUGCUUCCUCAUAUUCAUGGCUGUUUGCCUCGUCUGCGGGUUUCAUGUGAGGUUCAACAUGCCGGAGACCAAAGAUCGAACAGCACUGGAGAUAUCUGCUGAGUUUGACAGGAUGCAUGCCAAAGAUAAAACCUCACAGAAGAAAAACUCUUCUAAAAUCUGUGAAAUCAAAGCACAAGAGACCAAAUUAUGAUGCAGUGUUUGGGCAAAGCUUACAGCUACUUCACAAUAAAGACUAAGAUUGAGGAAGCGUGAAGGUGUUACAUUCCUUGGGAAUUUGGCUUUUGAUUUUGUUUGUAAGUGAUAAUUUUGCUUUGCGUGAGUCAUUUACGUUUUACAUUUACGUCAUGAAGCCUAGGAGUAAAUUCAAACUGCAAGACUCUAUUCAACCAAAGAUAUUGAUUCCAACCUAUCUGUGAUGGUCUCCUCCUCCGAAGCACCGCUCCCUUGAUAAGGUCCAGCUGUUCAUCUGCUUCCGCUCGUUGGCUGAGCUUCAACCUUCCUCCACCCCUCCUCCGCCCUCAGCUCGUGGUUUCUUCAAUGUCCGACAUCCUCUCCACCUCCAGUAUCUGGGCCAGAGGGGGUGAAGAAGACGUCUCUAAUCUUCAUACACAGCGGCUCAUUCUCUUUGACAGCGGUUCCUCCUGGGUCUGAGCAGCACCAAAGACUUUCAUUUGUCAAUUAAAUCACUCUCUCUCUCUGCCUGAGUUUUUCCAGGUUGAAUUGCCAUGCUCCGUUCGUUUUGCUGUGUUAAUUAUUGUUGUUAAGGUUUCACUUACUAUAUAUGUUCAUUCCUUUGGAUUUAGUUUUUCCAGUUUAUUUUUAGGAUUAUAAAAAGCCUUCACCUCUUUGGAUGUUUUACUCUUUAAUUGCUUUCGCUAAAUAUUCGUGAUCAACAAAAUGUAGCUGUUUAAUGUCAAAGUGAAAACUGAUCCCCAUAAAAUGACAACAGAUAAGUAAAAA